AUGAAUUCUGUGCGGCAAGUUGACGAACUUGUCAAAGAAUAUUUGCUGUUUAGAGGAUUCUCAAAUACUUUUCGCGCAUUCGAACAAGAUUGUCGAAACGAUAAAGACAAAGGUUUUCAAGCCGAUAAAAUCAUUGAAGAAUUAAAUUCUUAUAUUACAUCUAGUGAUAUUAAUGGAUUACUGGAUUAUUGGAAAUACCUUGAUUUAAGAUAUUUUUCUCGUCUAGAUGCAAGAUUUUUUGGAAGCGUAAAAAAAUUUGAAACUAGUUUAUUAAGAUAUUAUCUUGUUUAUGCAACGCAACAAAAGCGAAGAGAUAAGCUCAUCGAAUUUUUUGAUACUUUUGGAGCAGAGUUAAUUGGAAAUCCUGAAUGGUCAAAAUGGUUUGGCUUGCCAUUCUCAAAACACCCAGCUGCAGAUCCAAGCUUCGAAACAUUUUUCACAAAACAGUGGUUAGAUAAAUUCACUAUGUCUCUACAUAAUUUCCUAAAUACCAUAUUUAAACAUAUGCCGCUACCAAGUUUAUUAUGUUUUAAUCUUGAUCGAUUGCGUCGAAGAGCACUUCAAAAUGAAAUUGAGUCUCUCAAAACAGAAUUAGAGAAUGGUGACACAGAGAUUAUAUCGCUUAAACAAAAAGUUGCUCAACGCGAUUUAGCAGGAAGUCGACGGCAAAGUUGUGAUAAUUUACGCGAGAAAAAUGAAAAAGAUUUAAAUCAUCACGAUGUAUCUCGUUUAACUUUAACUUCGAAUGAAGUUAAUUUGUCAUCACUUUCAAGAUCUACAACGCCAAGUGGGAAACACGAAACAGGGUCACUUCAAAAUGGCAUAAAGACGCCAACAGAUGAGCGAAGCAUGUCGCCUAUAUCAGAAUAUGAUACGGAUGAAUUUGAAUUAAGGAAUGGACAUGCAAAUGCAAAUCCCUUUACUGUCACGAGUCAGGAAUUAUUCUUGGAAAAUUCAUCAGGAAUAUCUGUGGCAAAAUUUUCACAUAAGGGUGAUUUAAUUGCAAGUUGUGAUGUGGAUAAUAUUAUUAGGAUAUGGAGUUACACGGGAACAUCACCUACAUUGAAGCUUAGUAAUCUAAAUUCUAAUAUAUUAAGUUUAGAAUGGGAAGCGAGAUCAGACAAACUUUUAUUAUAUGGUACGGACGAACGACUGGUUAAAGUUUAUAAUAAAGAGAACAGGUCAAUUGUUCAUGAAUUCCAAAUGGAUGAUCGAUUUCCGAGCUGUUCACCGGUGGAAUCAUUAUUUGCAUGUUCAGGGUCACCAAGAUCAAUUGAUGAUGCUUGUAUCAAAAGUGUAACGGGAUCUUUAAUUACUUGGAAUUUAAAAACAAUGACUAUACAAGAUAAAUUUAUGUUUGAAGCCUCAUCAAAUUCACCAUCUUCGUUACCUUUAACACCGAUAGAAACCAUUAAAUUUAAUCACAAUGGUCAAAUGUUGGUAACAGGAGAUAAAUCUGGUGGUAUAAGAAUAUUUGAUAUUCGAACAUUAACACCAAUCAUGAAGUGGAAUAUUUCUUCUGCAAGUAAAAGUGGUGGCAAUAGCGUUAUUUGUUCAUCUCAAUAUAGUUUUGACGAGAAUUCUAUAUAUGUAGUUGAGGAGUCGGGAGAGUUAUCACAAUGGUCAGUUCAUAAACCUGGAUUGGCUAUAUCACAAUCGAAACUACAAGGGUUUCCACCAACUAUACCAACAACUUUAAUUAAUUUUACUCCUACAUCAACCAAAACAUUUCGUAAACGUACAACAUCAAUGUCAUCAGUUCGUUCAACGAAAUCCACAAGAUCAACCUCUUCAAUACCUUCAAUUGUGAUUGGCACUGAAACUAUAUCACAUUAUACACCGACUUCACGCGUCCCAAUGGUAGCAUUUAGCGGCGAUACUGAUUAUUUAGUAUGUGUUGGUGGUAAUGACGGAACUCAAGGUGUUAUUUAUCAGACAUCUAAUGGAGAUCGAGUUCAAGAAUUGACAUCACAUAAACAAUAUUUAACAACCGUUGAUUGGACCAAUACGACUGGAAAUACUAUCUUAACUGCCGCAAUAGAUGGUACUGUUAGAUGGUAA